AUGGAAACUGAAAGCGGAAAACCAGAAAAGGCGAUGGGAGCGGAAAGUGCUGAAAACAAAAAAGAGGUAGAGAAAAAGAAGCGGUCCCGAGUGAAACAGGUGCUCGCAGACAUCACCAAGCAGGUUGACUUCUGGUUUGGAGAUGCAAAUCUUCACAAGGAUAGAUUUCUUCGAGAACAGAUAGAAAAAUCUAGAGAUGGAUAUGUUGAUAUAUCACUUCUGGUGUCUUUUAACAAAAUGAAAAAAUUGACCACUGACAAAAAGUUAAUAGCCAGAGCACUGAAGAGUUCAGCUGUUGUAGAGCUGGACUUGGAAGGCACCAGGAUCAGGAGGAAGCAGCCUCUGGGGGAGAGACCCAAGGAUGAGGACGAGCGGACUGUGUACGUGGAGUUACUUCCCAAAAAUGUGAAUCACAGCUGGAUUGAGAGAGUGUUUGGGAAAUGUGGCAAUGUUGUUUACGUGAGUAUCCCGCACUACAAGUCUACGGGGGACCCGAAGGGAUUUGCCUUUGUGGAAUUUGAGACAAAAGAACAGGCAGCAAAAGCUAUUGAGUUUCUUAACAACCCACCCGAGGAAGCACCAAGGAAACCUGGGAUAUUUCCUAAAACAGUGAAAAAUAAGCCCAUUCCUGCCCUGGGCGCAGCUGAAGAAAAGAAAAAGAGGAAGAAGAAGAAAGGCCGGGCAAAGAAGGAAGACAGCAGCCAGGCCAAGGAGGCACGCGUGGACACAGGCAAGGAGAGCAGCGCCGCGGAGGCGAAGGAGCCCAGGGCCACGUCGGACGGCUCCGAAGGGGAGGGUGCUGAGCCCCAAAAGCCACCCUCAAAGAAGAAGAAGAAGCGGGCCAGAGCUGAGGCGGCCGGCGUGCCUCCAGCGCGAGCAGAGAAGAGGAAGCGAAGCAGUUCGGAGGACGCAGGGUGCCCGGCUCCCAAGUCCAAAGCCCGGAAGACGGCCCAGAAGGAUGGCCUGAAGGCCUCGCAGGCGGCCAGAGAACACAGAGAGGUAGAGGUCUCCACGGAAGAGGAAAAGGAAGCGGGAGACAUGAAAGACGGGUCGCUCCUAAAAGCCAAGCGGAAGCACAAGAAGAAGCACAAGGAGCGGCACAAGAUGGGGGAGGAGGUGAUCCCCCUGCGCGUGCUGUCCAAGAGUGAAUGGAUGGAUUUGAAAAAAGAGUAUUUAGCCCUGCAAAAAGCCAGUAUGGCUUCUUUAAAAAAAACAAUAUCCCAAAUAAAAUCGGAGUCAGAAAUGGAAAUAGACCAUGGAGUAACUAAUAAAUCUGGACUGAAAAAUGAAAAAACAGCGAGCAGUGAGGAGGGCCGUCCCCCGGAGAAGGCCCAGGCGGCGGGGCCGCAGUUCACGGCGGGCGUGAUUGUGAAGAUCGUCAGUCCGGAGCCUCUGCCCGGCAGGAAGCUCAUCAGGGACACGCUGGCCGCUGUCUCAGAAGUCGUGUAUGUGGAUUUGCUGGAAGGAGAUACCGAGUGCCAUGCGAGGUUUAAGUCUCCUGAGGAUGCUCAAGCCGCCGUGCAGGCAUGUGCGGAAAUUCAAAAGAAGCACUGCUGGGAACUCGAGGUUCUCUCCGGUGACCACGAACAGAGGUACUGGCAGAAGAUUCUGGUGGACAGGCAGGCCAAACUGAACCAGCCUCGCGAGAAGAAAAGAGGCACUGAGAAGUUAAUCACCAAAGCUGAAAAGAUUAGACUCGAAAAGACUCAACAAGCAAGUAAACAUAUUAGAUUUUCUCAAUAUAAUUGA